AUGGUCGACAAUAAUAAUAAUAUUGGAGCAAGUGGUGCUGCAAAUCAUGAUGAGGACGGCGCUAUGAUGAAAGACCAUGACCAGUUGCUGCCAAUAGCCAACGUUGGGCGGAUCAUGAAGCAAAUACUGCCACCCAACGCCAAGAUCUCCAAGGAGGCCAAGGAAACCAUGCAAGAGUGUGUCUCGGAGUUCAUCAGCUUCGUCACCAGCGAGGCGUCGGAGAAGUGCCGCAAGGAGAGGCGAAAGACCGUGAACGGCGAUGAUCUCUGCUGGGCUCUCGGAGCCCUGGGUUUCGAUGACUACACCGGCCCAUUACGGAGGUACUUACACAGGUACAGAGAGCAAGAAGGAGAGAGACUAUCAUUAUCAGCUAAUAAUAAUAAUAAUGAAAAUAAUCAAGACAAGGAUAACAACAACACCGAAGAUCAACAACAAAGGAUAUUGCUCAACCAUCCUCAUACACAAAGACCUAAUUUUUACAAAGGAUCAAGUACUAAUGGGCUGUAGAUAAAUUCAGUAUGCGCGUGCGUGUGUUUGCUCAAGUAUUGAACCCAAAUUACUGCGUCUACUUUUUUUUUUU